AAGUUUCACACCAGAACUGGUGCAAAGUUUCGCAGCAAAAGCCAGUAGUCGUACGUGGUCAGUCAGGCAAUCACCGUAAAAGUUUCACACCAGAACUGGUGCAAAGUUUCGCAGCAAAAGUCAGUAGUCGUAGGUAGUCAGUCAGGCAAUCACCGUAGAAGUUUCACACCAGAACUGGUGCAAAGUUUCGCAGCAAAAGCCAGUAGUCGUAGGUAGUCAGUCAGGCAAUCACCGUAGAAGUUUCACACCAGAACUGGUGCAAAGUUUCGCAGCAAAAGCCAGUGGUCGUACGUGGUCAGUCAGGCAAUCACCGUAAAAGUUUCACACCAGAACUGGUGCAAAGUUUCGCAGCAAAAGCCAGUAGUCGUAGGUAGUGAGUCAGGCAAUCACUGUAAAUGUUUCACACCAGAACGGGUGCAAAGUUUCGCAGCAAAAGCCAGUAAUCGUAGGUAGUCAUUCAGGCAGUCGCUGUAAAAGUUUCACCAGAACUGGUGCAAAGUUUCGCAGAAAAAGCCAGUAGUCGUAGGUAGUCAGUCAGGCAAUCACCUUAAUAGUUUCACACCAGAACUGGUACAAAUUAAGUUUCGCAGCAAAAGCCAGUAGUCGUACGUGGUCAGUCAGGCAAUCACCGUAAAAGUUUCACACCAGAACUGGUGCAAAGUUUCGCAGAAAAAGCCAGUAGUCGUAGGUAGUCAGUCAGGCAAUCACCGUAAAAGUUUCACACCAGAACUGGUACAAAUUAAGUUUCGCAGCAAAAGCCAGUAGUCGUACGUGGUCAGUCAGGCAAUCACCGUAAAAGUUUCACACCAGAACUGGUGCAAAGUUUCGCAGAAAAAAACAGUGGUCGUAGAUAGUCAGUCGGGCAAUCAUCGUAAAAGUUUCACACCAGAACUGGUGCAAAGUUUCGCAGCAAAACCAGUAGUCGUAAGUGGUCCGUCUGGUAAUCACCGUAAAAGUUUCACACCAGAACUGGUGCAAAGUUUCGCAGCAAAAGUCAAUAGUCGUAGGUAGUCAGUCAUGCAAUCACCGUAAAAGUUUCACACCAGAACUGGUGCAAAGUUUCGCAGCAAAAGCCA